UGACAGCACGUUGUAUUGCUCUGUGAUAAUGUGUGAAGUGGAGGAGUCGUAUUCUGAAUAUAUUCAGGAAAAAGAGCAGAAGAAAAACCUUGCACAGACAUGCAUGAAGUGCAAAGAACAACCUGCUGCUUUGAUCAUCCGUGUAGGAGAUGCCUUCUGCAAGUCCUGCUUCAAGGAGUAUUUUGUGCACAAGUUUAGAGCCAUGCUUGGCAAGAACAGAAUUGUCUAUCCAGGAGAGAAGGUUCUUUUGGCAUAUUCUGGAGGCCCCUCAUCUAGUGCCAUGAUCCAGCAAGUGCAAGAGGGAUUGAGUCGUGAGGCUCCGAAGAAAUUACGGUUUCAUCCUGGAAUCCUCUUCAUUGAUGAAGGAGCCGUUUGUGGUCAAAGCUGGGAGGAGCGGCAGCGGACCAGCGCUGAGGUUCAAAGUGUGUUAGAGAAGACGGCAUUUCCAUAUCGUAUAAUUCAAUUGGAACAGGUGUUUUCUUUGCCAGGCACUAUUCUGCAGAGGAAUCCUUCAGAGAUCUCUGCCCAAAGACAGAACUAUAAGCAGGCUGUUGGUAGUUUUAUAGGGGAGCAAGCUUCACAGUCAGACACCCUGGAGAAACUGGCACAACUCAGCACUGCAGACACUACAGCCCAAGAAAGCAGUGAUACACUGCCAGAUGCCAUUACAACUAGCUGCCCUCCUGAGGCUUUUACCCAGCAACUUAUACAGCUUUUUACCUCGACUAAAACACUGACUGCUAAACAGGAGCUACUUCACACCUUACGGACCCACCUCAUCUUGCACACAGCUCGAUCCUGUGGUUACUCAAAGGUAAUGAGCGGUGAGAGUUGCACUCGCCUUUCUGUUCAUCUUCUCUCCAACAUAUCACUUGGAAGAGGGGCCUUUCUGCCAUUGGACACGGGUUUUGCAGACAACCGUUUUGGUGAUGUUUCAGUAAUCCGUCCCAUGAGGGAAUAUUCUCUGAAAGAAAUCUCCUUCUAUAACCGACUGUUCCAGGUUCCCUCCAUCUUCAUCCCUGCAUUAGACACAAAGGCUCCUGAAAACGGCAGCAUCCAGAGGCUCUCUGAAACCUUCAUCGCCAAACUGCAGGAGGAUUUCCCCUCCACUGUCAGCACAGUUUACAGGACCAGUGAGAAGUUGAAUCUAUCAAGCAUGGAUCCCACCCCAGAGAACGGACCACAGGAUAGAUGUCUGCUCUGCUUGUGUCCUUUGGACACACAUGUUGGUGCAGCUUCUGCAUUCCAUGCCACUCAGGUCUCACAGCAUCUGUCUCAGAAACAAACCUCCAAACAUAUAGACCUUACAAAUACCUCUGGGAAAUCAUGCUGCAAGCAAGGUCAAUGCUGUGGAAAUUCAGAAAAUUCAACUUCAUGUCACACCAGGGUUUCUGGAGUGGCUGACUUGGUUCAUGCACUGUGCUACAGCUGUAGACUCACAGUGAAAGACAUGCAGACUACAAAUGUCCUUCCUCAGUACAUCCUCCAAGAGGCAGAGCACAGGAACCGAAGGAAUGAGAUGAAGAAGGAGAUACAAGAGUUUCUACUUGAGAAUGUGUGAUGGGAUCCUACUCAACUGACACCUGUAUUAAAGACCCAGCAGAACAUUCUGAGAAAAUGCAGCGUGCUUCUGUUCAGAUCCCUUUUAUAGUUUUAAGUUUAGCUAGUUUUAUUUAAAUUCCAAUUUCAUUUUAACAAUUUUAUUGUCUACUGUAUUUUAAUUAAAUUUUAAGUGCAUUUUAAA